UACAAGUACUUCAAAACUGUACUUAAAUACAGUACUACAGUAAAUGUAGCUGACAGACAGAUGAAGCUUUGAUGUCCUUCAUCUCUUACAGUGUAGUUGUGUUCAGGGUCACGUAGAGCUGAUGAGCACAUCAGUGUUUUAUUACGACACACAUGACAGAAGCUGAACUCAAAUGUUCUAUACAGGACUUCUACUUGAAAAAGAGUAUUUUUAUUCAGUGUUACUGCGACUUUUACUUCACUGAAAGAUGUCAGUACUUCCUCCAGCGCCAUCUCUGCUCUGACACAUGAUCCGGCUGUUAUUGUGUUCAUGAGUCUCGUCCGUCUGUCCGCAGGUUCUUCCUCAAGUUCUUCCUCAAGUGUAACCAGAACUGUCUGAAGAACGCAGGGAACCCACGAGACAUGAGGAGGUUCCAGGUGGUGGUAUCUACGACGGUAAACGUGGACGGUCAUGUUCUCGCCGUCUCUGACAACAUGUUCGUACACAACAACUCCAAACAUGGCCGCCGAGCCCGGAGACUGGACCCGUCUGAAGCAGCCACUCCCUGCAUUAAAGCCAUCAGUCCCAGCGAGGGCUGGACGACGGGCGGCGCCACCGUCAUCCUCAUCGGGGACAACUUCUUCGACGGCCUGCAGGUCGUCUUCGGCACCAUGCUGGUGUGGAGCGAGCUCAUCACCCCUCACGCCAUCCGGGUCCAGACUCCUCCCCGCCACAUCCCCGGGGUCGUGGAGGUCACGCUGUCCUACAAGUCCAAACAGUUCUGUAAGGGAGCGCCGGGACGCUUCGUCUACACAGCGUUAAACGAGCCCACCAUAGAUUACGGCUUCCAGAGGUUACAGAAGGUCAUCCCUCGUCACCCCGGAGACCCAGAGAGACUGCCCAAGGAGGUGUUGUUGAAGAGAGCAGCUGACCUGGUGGAGGCGCUGUACGGGAUGCCUCAUAACAACCAGGAAAUCAUCCUGAAGCGAGCGGCGGACAUCGCCGAGGCCCUCUACAGCGUUCCCAGGAACCACAACCAGAUCCCGUCACUAGGCAACACCGCCUCCCACGGCAUGAUGGGAGUCAACUCCUUCAGCGGACAGCUGGCCGUCAACGUCUCCGAGACGACGCAAGUUGGUUACAGUCGUAACACCAGCAGCGUGUCGCCACGGGGAUACGUCCCAAGCUCCACCCCCCAACAGAGUAACUAUGGCAACACCGUCAGCAACACCAUGAACGGCUACGGCAACACCGGCAUGCCAAACCUCGGAGUGGCAACUUCACCUGGUUUCCUCAACGGGUCGUCUGCCAACUCUCCCUACGGCAGUAAGUAUCAAGUCGUUCCCUCCAGUCCCACCAUGGCCGUGUCCAACUGUAACUCCUCUCACGGAGUUUUCUCCUUCUCUGCCGCCGUCAAACAGAAGAGCGCCUUCGCUCCCGUCGUCCGGCCGACCGCCUCGCCGCCUCCUCCGCCAAACUGCUCCGGCAACAACGCCAACGGGCUGCAAGCCAUGUCCGGUCUCGUCGUCCCUCCGAUGUAGAAAAUCUUCCUCCUCCGUUCGUCGUCUCUUUCCUCCCCCUCGGCCACGAGCACCAAUCACCUCAGAGGAGGAGGGGCUUCGGGGCCUCCGGCACCAGCUGACCAGUCGGGACACUUCCUGUCUGUUACAGAUAAAAGAAAGAAAAACUGUUGCUGUGACUGGACGCGGCGUCCGGUCUCUAAAGAAGAAAAUAAACAGGACUCAGCGGUUUUCUCCGUCAGCUCUCUGUAAUUAUAUUCAUGUUAUAUUCUGUGUUUGAGGGGUCGGGUCUGUUGGUGUAAAAACUACAUCAUUUCCUCUACUUGGGAUUUGAAAUCCAGCUGAAGUCUGAAGAUUAUCGACGUUAAAGGCCUCAAAUUUCUGUUUAUAAUCACGUUCAACACAACAUUUGCUCACAUCUGAUUGGUUCUCGGUGAUGUCAUCCUAUGAAGUGUUAAAUACGUCAGCGAACAGGAAGCUCGAAGCGUGUAGAAGUUCCUCUGACGGUAAACAUCUACAGAGCCGUUUAUUUCUCUACUGGUUCAAUAAAAAGAAAAACCUUGUUAGGAAGUUAGUUUGGGAGCAAGAGAAGAAGACACGAACUAACUAAUAACGGACAGCUUAGGAUCUAGAGGAGGGAAGCUUCCAGUUAGAGAAAGACUUCCUGGUUCAGGAGGAAGGAAGAAGGAAGGAAAGAGGAAGCCUUCGGUUAGGAAGCAUUGAGGGAAGAAUCAGGUGGAGAAAUAACCAGGAAACAGUCGUCAAGAAAAAGUCAUUUGGGGCCUUUAAUAGUUUUAAUAAACUCAGCACAAAGACACAAAGGCUGCUGGGAUUUCACUAAAGACUUUGAUUAAAAGAAAAAAAACAAAGAAUGAAAACGCCUGUUUCUCGCCCCGCCUCUUCUUCCGUUAGCCCCGCCCCCUGCCUGUCUGUGUUUUAUAUUCAUUUAUUUCUUUCUUUCUUUAUUUUUUUUUUUUUAUGCUCGCACUGUAAAAACAAAUUCUGCAUCCUGAUAGGCUACUGUGACUGUCUGUCUUCUUGUUCAGAGUUGUCUUUUUUUUAAAAUUCUAGCCCUGCCUCCUACUCCCAUAGCCCCGCCCCUUUGCACCUGGAAGCCCCGCCCCCCUGUGUUUUCUCUGUGGGUUUUUGUGAUUUUUGCCAAAGUCGUAGCUCGCUGAAUAUUUAUACUGUCACUGUGGUUGAUCACGCCGCCC